AACUUAAGUAAACCCCCUUUGGAAGUAGCCCCCUACGCCCAUGCCACUCGAUUGACGGCGACAACAGACGAAGGUCGAUCGCUGGUUUGUCGCUUCCCCUGCCAAAGCGGAAGCCCCGAAAAAAAAAACAACCGAGUAAACACCCCUCAAGGUCCCCCCAUGGGAAAUCAAUCGAUUGAUUCGCAAUCGCCUUCCACUGCCAACACAAUUGAUAGUGAACUGACCCAUUUAGCAAUUAGCAAUCAGUUCGAGUUCUUUAGUCGCGCACAAAGCAACGGCAUUAGUUUUCUAUUCAGCCAGGCAAAAGAUCCUGAUCCCACGAAAGGUUCGCAGGCUCAGCUCAAGAAAAAAUUGCGCAGUUGCUGUGAUUACACAAUCAAAGUGGGUUCGUUGUUGAAAAUCGAAAGAUCCCAUUGAGAAAACUUUCGACUUGAAGAAAGGCUCUCCAGCAAGAGAUUUCGACAAAUUUGAAAAUUUAUUUGCAAAGCGGCAGCAACUGCUGCCAACGGCCGAGGAAAAACCCGAAGAGACGAGGAAAACUUUGCGGCUACUGGGCGACAAGGCGACACAGAGGCAGCGGCUGCGACGAAUUGUAGCUUUAAUUAGAGUACUCUAAGGAGAAUCACACGCAAACCCAUUAGAAAACCCUGACCACACCCCCCCUCCCUCUGCCCUUCCCGAAAUCAUGGCCCUUGCCCUCAAACAAAGACCUUCCCGCUUUCGUCCGGCGACGACCACGUACGAGGACAACUAUGGCUACACGAUGAACUUCUACCAGCCGAUGCUAGACUACCUGGACGCCAAGGCCAAGGGUCUGGAGGUGAAGAAGCCGCACCUGCCGUGGGUCAGCGAGCGGGGCCUGAAACAGUACCGCCCCUCCAAUGCGGUGCGACAAUACAACGCCGACGAGAUCGUCCGCUUGUCGCGCACCUGUGCCGCGCGGGCCGACGAGAUUCUGCUUAGCUUUCGGGCCCAGAAGCGAUCGCCGUUCAGUGUGCAAAAGUUGGUCGACGCAACGCGAGUGGCCAAGCACCUUGAACCGGACACAGUUGUCGAGAGAUCGCGCCAGCGCCGCCGCCGCCGUCAGGAGGAGCUCGAGGAUCUGAUCAAACGCGACACCCUCAAGAUACUGCAGCGCAUCCGUAAGAUUGAGUUGGACAACGAGUUGGACCAGAUGUCGGACGACUUUAAGCGCUCGAUUCGCGGCAAGUCGGCCAGUGCCAUUGCCCAGGCCCUGCUCUCCGAGUCGGAGAAGAACAUUAAGACGGCCAAGAAGGAGGAGGAGGACUACAUCGCUCAGACCCUGGUCCGCUCCAGUCGGGCCGUUUCGCGGGCCCGCUCGCGCUCCUCCUCCCCCUUCGACGGCCAGCUGCGCGCCCAUGCGCUCCACAUCGAGCUCAUGGACGACCGGCUGGUGGACAAGCUGGACCACCGCGUCUCCUCCUCGCUGCACAACGUGAAGCGCCAGCUGUCGACCCUUAACCAGAAGACGGUCGAGUUCUACGCGGACAGCAGGUGCGGUAUAGAGGACAAGUGCUGGAUCUGUCGCAAGGUCCUGCGCACCCAUCCCAAGCUCAAGGACUACAGCUAUGUAUAUUGGAAGCACUAGGGCCUCUAAUCCCAAUCCCAUUCCCAUUCCCAGUUCCUCCUUUUGACCCCCCACGCACUCAUCUUCAUUCGAUAUCUUAGAUUCCAAUGCAAAGGAAGUUUUAAUUUAUUUGACGAUCGUAAAAGUAAUCUCAGAGAGUGUUUUGAUUUGAUCUGGAAAAGUAUAUAAGCGACAUUUUCUGAAAUCAAAAACAAAUCAGUUGAAGAGUUAGAAAAAACCCUUUUAAAAAUCAAAUAUAUGAUUUUUAGAAGACAA